GUUGCUCUGAUCUAAUGGGAUGAGAGAAACAGACAAGGCAUUUUGGGUGGGGUGGGGGCUCUUAACGGGUAGAGUGAGGGUUCACCGCCCUUAGUGGACAGUGUUAGUCGUCCUUCACCCUGAUUCAGCAAAUUUAAAUACAAACACAGUCAUGGGGAAUUGGACCUGGAGAAUGUGUUACCCACAGAAGAAAACAUCUAAAUCGAUCAAGAAAAUUGUUGUGGAAAGCAGGAAGAAGAAUUUGCUUCACGUAGAUUUGUGUGAUGGAAACAUAUAUGAUUUAUGGCAUGUACCAGGACUUUUUAACUUGUCGCAUAUAACCCAACUUGCACUCAGCCACAACAAACUGACAGACCUUCCCCCUUGCAUUGUUGACCUGAGGAACCUGGAGGUGCUGAAUGUCUUCAACAAUUAUAUUGAGGAAUUGCCCAGCCAGUUCAGCAGUUUGAAAAAGCUGAGGCAUCUCAACCUGGGCAUGAACAGGAUGAGUGCCUUACCACAGGGCUUCGGUCCUCUGCCUGCCCUGGAGAUCCUGGAUCUCUCCUACAACAAUCUGAGUGAAGCUUCCCUACCUGCCAGCUUCUUCUACAUCAUCACCCUGCGGGCACUGUACCUCAGUGAGAACAACUUCAAGGUCCUGCCUCCAGACAUCGGCAAGCUCAACAGGCUACAGAUACUCUGUCUGAGGGACAAUGACCUCAUCUCCCUGCCCAAGGAAGUAGGAGAUCUGGCCCAGCUGAAGGAGCUACACAUCCAAGGGAAUUGGCUCAGCAUUCUCCCUCCUGAGUUAGGUAACCUGGAUCUGACAGGCCCUAAGCAUGUGUUCAAGGCAGAGAACAACCCCUGGGUGAUUCCCAUUGCCAGACAGCUGGAGUUGGGCACAUCGGACGUCUUUGAAUACAUCCGCUCUGAGACUUUCAAGUAAAGUUUGCCUCCCUGGGUAUUUCGAUGAACUGAAGACAUCUUUUGAAGCAGGCUUCACUGCACCCAUGGGACAGACCUCAAAAUGAACACACUGAGCAUCAUGCACUUAAUACUGUGUCAGAACACACUAAUUACAAUGUGCUUUACGCAGUGUCAUCACAUAUUGAAUUCUAUAUGUUUUAAACUCUCUCAAUGAACAAUAAAUGCUAUAUAGUUUUUCCUCUCUUAGUAUACUCUGCACUUUUCACACUGUCAAUAUACAACAAAUGUCAUGAAUUUCAUGGUGUUUCAGUACCUACUAAAUGUCGUACGUUUUACACACUGGAUGCUUUGUCUUUGACAUCCUCUCAGGAAACACAGAACAUUGUUUGCGGUGCUUUUAACUUCUCUGCAAACUGAUACAUAACGGUGGUGAGAGGUCAUAUACACACAUACACACACACACCACUUUUUUAACCUGCAAAUACAGUGGUGCCUGCGGUUCACGAACGUUGUGGUCUACGAACAAUUUAGUUCACGACUAAAAAUUUCGUGAAAAAUAUACAGUAUACAAAUACAAAAUUUGGUUGCCGAACAGAUUCCUCAUCCAGAUUCCUUUUUUUAUACUAGUGUAGCACCAGCAGGGCGCAUUUCCCAGCAUGCCCCGCAUGUGCCACAUGCCCCGCAUGUGCCACAUGCAAUGCAAGUAGAAGGACCACAACAAGCACCCAUCCAGCACCCAACCCGGAAACACAAGGUUGUAAGACUCCGAACUGCAAGAUGCACACACAGCGGACUUGCUUCUCAUACAAAUUGGUUCAUGACCACUUCCUGGAACGGACUGUGUUCGUGAACCGCAGACAUCACUGUAAUCAGACAUUCAGCCAGACAGCUGUCACAUUAAUACCGCGAAGAACCACAUUCAUGCUGGUUAUCAAACAAGUUUAUAAUGCAAACGUUACACCAAUGAAUGCCAUUUAGCUGCUGUAUUUUUAUUUGUUUUACCUCACCAGCAACUUAGAGCAUUGAGGCCAGUAAAGAAAAGAUUCUUAAAGAGGUGUACAAUAGUCAUUUGAACAGAUAGGUAUGCUGAAGUAAGCAUACUCACCAAAUAUGACGUCCAGCCCAUCAGAUCCGCCUGACUCUCCCGUCUUCUCCCUCAUGUGGCACUGAUGAGCCACGCCUGUUGCUUGUUGCCCCUCGUUAGUCGUUGAGGAGACUGCCACAUAACAUGAAAGUUCUGGGAAUGUUUGCUGUUAGCUGGGAAAUGGGACUGAAUCACAAAACCAGAACAACCACAACAAGCCUAUAAAGUCACCAGUUAUCCAGCACACCACCAGCUGAACUCCAGCUAAUCGGGGCCAUGAACAACCAAGACAAAAAGCCAAGAGUUACAAAAAAAAAAAAGUAAACCAAGCUAAACCAAGCACAAACUAGGCUCUGAAUUAAAAAGACUUCUGAGCCCUAUAUUCUAAGAUCAAAGAUGAUGACUGUUUAAAUAACAUUCAGAACUAAUUAUCUCAGAGCAAGAUAACACUGGCCAAGCUCAAUUACCUGAUUGCCAAUGCAGGAUAACAUGAAACCUUUUAAUGGCAAUUCAUGCUAUUAAUAGUUAUCGGGUACUUCAAGGAGGGUGGCUGAGGGCUUGAUGGCAGGAUUGUGGGUGUGUAAACAUGUGUGAGUAUAGGAGCAUGAGACUGUGUGUGGGCUCUGUGUGUGGGCUCUGUGUGUGCAUACGCACCUGCUCAUAAACAGCUUCUUAAUUAGAAAUUAUGAGGGUGACAUUGUGAAAAAUGUAUGCUUAAUGUGAAGGAGUAAUGAGCUCAAAACAUCUGAAUUGGAAGAGAGCAGGAUACUGACCAGUGCUUCUGACAGUGAGUAAGGAGCAGACCCAUGUAAUACAGUACCACAUAGCCUCUAGACUAAUUGUUCAUUGGGGUGGGAGAUCCUUGUGGUGGGAUUAGAGUUACCAUCAUCUUCAAGCGCCUACUGCCGGCAUUAUUAGGCCCAGGCAGAUUCAAAUGUUUGCCCACCUGACAUGCAUUUUUCAUGGGCAGCUCAUUAGCCUAACAGAAGGGGAUGCUCAGGAUUGAUGGAAGGGUGUAGAAGCCCCAUUGUUUCUUAAUGUCUCCUAAAUUCUGCUGUGGGUCCGCCGUAGAUAUUACUCCCCGCCAUGUUUUAUUCAUGCUCUCCCAUGCUUGUCGAAAAAACAACAACAAACAAAAAUACCUUCUGGUCAGAGCCGUCUGCAGCUGGAUGGAAAAGGGAUCCCAGUUACUCUCCUCAGAGAGUCCUGCAGCAUACUGUAGCUUCCGAGUUCUCAGCACUCUUGGGGGUAAGUUGAUGGCGUUGUCAGAGCAGAUGCAACAGAGAGCUGCAGUCUCAUUGAAACUCACAAAAUAGUACAGGACACAUCGGCACAUUUAAUCCUACUGUAUAGGAUUCGGAUCCUGUAUCCCUGAUUUAAUGACGGACCACUGCAUUGGAAAAUGAGGUAUAGUAUGGUAGAGCUCCACCUCAGUGCUAACAGUGGAGCUGUGGUGCAGCUCGGAAAGCUACAGACAGGUUAUUACCAUGUUGGUCCAAUGGGUCAGAGGUUGUUUUAAUAACUGCAAGCCAAUUAAUUGUAUUCCCAGGACUCCUCUGUAUUAAAUCGUGCACACAAUUUAAAGUUCCCACAAAAUACUAAACCAAGAUCACAUAAUCCUUAAAAUGUUCUCAUUAUUUACUGUUUUGUGUCCUGAAUUAGCUAUUUUGAGCUCUCAAAUUAAUUUUCAAUUUAAUUAAAUGUAAUGUUUUUGAUAUUUGUGUUCGUGUCUAAAUAAAAAUUGACUACAAAGCCAAAAGCUGCAGUAAAGUGCAUGAACGCUAUGGGUUUUAUGUUAUUUAAUGUUUAUUUAAUGUUUAUUUGCUUUGCUUUGUGCAUAAUUUGCCUCCCCGUCUAACCUGGUCUUAUUCUAGUAGAAAUGGCACUUGUACUAGCACUGGUCCAACUAAUUCUGUAGCAGAAAUUAGGUACUAGUCUUAAUUCCAUGCAUGCGUUGACCCUUCCACAUCCCAGGGGUUAGGAGUGCAAGUCCCCCACCAUUUGGAAAAACGAAGCGAAAUGAUAGGAGAAACACGAAAUUAAAGACCAUUGCGAGAUACCAUGGGAGAGGCUGCCAUAAACUUUCUUGCCAUCCUCCAGUUUAACACUGUACAUAUAUUUUAUGCAUCUGUGAGUUAUUCAUGAGUUUCACCUGCAGGCCUUUGUGUGCCGUCUGUGGCUUUUGCAAAACUCCCAAAAUCCGCGAUGGGGAAAGCUGUAUAUUUAUCAUUUUUAUAAUAAUAUAUUAGGUGAUCACUGAUCAUUGUUGACACACCACAGCACACAGUGCACAGCUGCCCAGUGUGUCCUCUGCAUUUAACCCAUAUGUGACAUGGUGACACAGCAGGGGGCAGCUAAUUCAGCUCAUGAAUAUUCAUACAUCUCUGGGCCUAUUUCUUUAUACUAAUGCAUAACAUGUCUCCCAUUCCAAAUACAUUCUGCUGUACUUGUUUUAAUGGGGAAACAGUAUGCUUUGGGGCCAUUUACUUACCAUUUACAUAUUUAUGUAUUAGGUAAUUCUUUGUAAGUGAUUUUCUUUACUUUAAUGAGUAAGAUACACAGUUUUCAUUACUGAUUUGCUGUACAUUAUAUUGUGGGACAAACACAUCAUUGUUGUGGGAAAGCACAUCUAUACUUCUGUUUGCUGUCAGAUUUAUCACUCUCAUAAAUGCCAGUUCCUGGCGACCCAAGAAUUAAAUUGCAUUAAUCAGCCUGUUCAAAAUCUUGUGGUUUUUUUCCCAUUCUGUCAUUAUGUUUGGCUAACUGGAGACACACGCCUUCAUCAGUCAAUCCUCACUAAGUUUGACAGUUUGAUCAGUUGAUUG